GCAGCGGGGCAGAGGUGCAGAUGAAAAGAGCCUAGAGAAACUACUUCUUCAAGCUCUGAUAUACAACUACCAGACCUCCAAAAUAAAAAUGAAUGGACAGAAGCAGUGGACAAGGGUGGCUGUGAUGGCCCUCCUGGUGCUAACGGUGAUGGCAGCUGAGGGAGGCAAAGAGAAACAAGGAAAGAAGGAACGUAAGUCGGACUGCGGAGAGUGGCAGUGGAGUGUAUGUGUAGCCAAUGAAGGGGACUGUGGACUCGGCACCAGGGAGGGAACACGCACCGGCACCGACUGCAAGCAGACCAUCAAGACCCAACGCUGCAAGAUCCCCUGCAACUGGAAGAAGAAGUUCGGAGGGGAAUGCAAGUACGACUUCCAGGCAUGGGGGGAGUGUGAUCUGGCGACAGGCAAGAAGAACAGGACGGGCGUGCUGAAGCGAGCGCUCAUGGACGCGACAUGCGCCGCUACUGUCACAGCCACCAAGCCCUGCGGGAAAAUCCCCAAGACCAAGCUGCAAGAUGCAAAGAAGCAAAAGAAGGAAGGCAAGAAGCGAGAGCGCGCCCAAAUGGACUGAUGAGGUUGUUUGUCCCAGGGAGGAAGGAAGAAGAGGGUGGAAAAAUGUCCACUGCCCUAUUUCAACACGGUUCCUCUUUAUAUGUCCUGUAGGUUGACAGUAGGAGCCAAUAGAGCUUUGACAAAACCAGUGGAAAUAUGACUUUUAGUGACGUUUUACUUUUUCUUCUUUCUAGUACCUGAUAAGAUUCAACUUGUAUGUUGCCAUAGGAGAUAUAAUACUCAGUGGUAGGGACGAAUAAUGAAUAUGGAGAGAUUUGUUUACUAGUGUUCUGACCUAAUGAUGUUAUUUCUAGGAUUAUUUUCUCAAGAACAAAUUGGAUAGGAUUUGUUUUACAGUUGCAUAGCCUAACUCUAAUUUGGAAAACUCUUUGGUCCAUGCCCAGACUUAAUGAAGCAGUUUGCUAAAAGUGAAGCUCUAAACAUCUUCACUUAAUUGAGCAAAAAGGAAAAAAAAAACAAAACAAAAGUUGUGCAUUUGCAAUUUUUCUAGUGGCUCAAGUUCACCGUAGCUCUUUCCCUCCUGUCACUCUGUGGUAUAAUAUUUUUCUUUUAUUUCCAAUGAGAACAAACAAAACAUAAGCCGGUUCUUUCUGGAGGCUGCAUGAAAUAGCUACUCUACGUGUGUGCAAAGUGUUACUGUUUUUAGUUUGUUUUCCUCCUGCUGCUCUGUUGUACCUCAAUUUAUACCCACUGAUUUUUACUCUCUAGCUCCUGGCUGUAAAAAUUAAAGUCCUCACUAUUGUAGUCCUCAGUUGGACUUAACAUCCCCUUUG